AUGCCGGACGAGAGCUGGAAGGCGUAUGUGUUCGAACGUCUACCUUCGGAGAGAUGUAUUCGCACUCUACAGAUAAGGCCUGGAUGUGAUAGUGCGGCCAUCAGCUGCGACCUGGAGACAGUCGAUCUGGAUGCAAAAGCGACACCGAGAUACACAGCGCUGUCGUACAAUUGGGGCAACGAGGCAGAAUCUCGUGACAUACAUGUCAGUGAGCGUAGGAUAAGCAUUCGCUCAAAUCUUCACCAAGCGCUUGAAGGUAUGCGCCUGCCAGACGAGGUUCGUGGCGUGUGGGUUGAUGAGCUGUGCAUCAAUCAGGCGGACCACCAGGAAAUAGCAGCACAGGUCACUCUUAUGGCGAAUAUCUUCAGCCUCGCUUCCCAAGUCGUAGUGUGGCUUGCCGAACAAGAGACUCACAUGGACGUCGAGAGAGAUGUCGAUGAGCUCCCUUCACCCCCACGCAGGAUGGCACCGCCAUGUACUGGCACCACAUGUACCGGAAUGGAGCCGCAAAGCUUUACGAAGGGAGAGGGGGACAGACCAUGGCACCUUGAUGUAGAGAUGGACAGUUGUGGCGACUGGUUGCUGCAGACUACCGAGUAUCAACGCUGGGAGCAGGAAAAGAGUCGUUUUAUCUGGAUAAACCGGGUGACUGGUUGCGGCAAGUCGACUUUGGUGAAGAGUCUCCACGCUAGUGAACGCUGUGCGAACACAGAUCCGAGAGAGCGAUUGUGCGGAUAUCUCGGUAUGUUCACCUCCAGCAUGCCCGCUGUGCAAUAUGAGUGGCGAGCGGAUCAAUAUCAUUCUGUGCUGGACGAAAUGACAAACCUGAUGCAACGAGCCGACAAAGAUGCACAGUCUAGGGAAUAUUACCUCAACGACCAGCAGACCGUACGGACGGCGCUUGAUGCAAUGGCUUCCGGCCAAUGGUUCAAGCGUCCUUGGGUGCUACAGGAGAUCUACUGCGCGAGUCGGGACGUUGAGUUUUGGAUGGGGAUAGAAGGACGAUUGCUUACCGUUUCAGUCGAACGGGACCAGGAAUUGAUGGCAGCCGACCAGUCCAGAUCACACGAGAUAGACGUCAAACCUCCAUGA